AUGUAUCUUUUCCUCAUCUCCCUCACCCUUCUCAGCCUCCUCAACAGCGCCAUGGUCUCGAACCCUACAGCUACCGAGGACCAAGUGGGCUUCAUUGGUACUAUCGGUGGCCACGAAGUUGAGCUCAACGGCACUAUCCAAGAAAUCUACGCACAAGCCAAAGCCCUUUAUCCAGACAUGCAGGACAUCGAUGUCCCCACAACAUUCACCACCAUCAACGAAGUAACCCAUGAGCAAAACAGAAACCUCAUCAAGAAAAACGCCCUUCACCCCGCAUUAUGCAUGCAAGACACAAACUACGACUGGAGAUCCGCGAAACUGGAAGACGUUGCACGAGCAUACAACCAGUUGCUUCAUGCCCAGGGUACUUGUGGCGUUUGUCCGGGAACGUGUGUAAAUGUUUCGGUGUUUGAAGACGCGACUGUUAAGCUGUGUUCGAUGAAUAUACAUACCAUAAGUCCUACCUGCAGUUAUUUGUCGUCGUAUGUGGAGUUUAUGAUGAAUGAAUGCCUGUAUCAAGAAAAUCCGGCGGGCGGCUGGUUGCUUUCUGCGAGGAUGUGGGAUGGUGAUAAGUACUAUGUGGCUGUGAUGAAGACUGAGCGAUAG